AUGCAUGUGGCGUACCCCCCAGGAAAGGGCACGCCCACGAGGGAAGCGUGGGACUUCGGGUUGACCAAGAGGGCCACCGACAAGGUACGGCAGCUAUCCCCUUUCAGCCGCGGCGACAAGUCAGCGAAGCCUGACGAGUUCACGUCGAGCGGCUUCGAGGAUAAGGCCAUGGCGGCGGCAAUGGUGGCGACAGGGGCUUCUCUGGCAGGGGAAAGGGAAUCGUUUAGCCGCGAAAGCGCGACCGCGGCGGCGGAGAAGAAGAACGAGGAGGGGGCGGAGGCUGCUACCGGCGAGUCGGAAUCCUCGGGUGUUUCGAGCAUGGUCACGGACUCUGGGGAUGCCGCGGUGAGAGAAGCCGAGGCUCUCUUGAAGGAGGCCGAGGCGGCGGCGGCGUUUGCCGCUGACUACGCUGCCGCUGCCGCCGCCGCCGCUGGCGACGCCACGUCGUCCAUCGAGACCCUCUCCGGCGGAAGUAGCGACGAGUCGAGCGGCGACAAGCUUGCUUCGUCCCCGGAAGGGGACGACCCUGCCUCCGCUGCUGUCGAGCACGCGGAGGUGUCAGGAGAAGAGGUUGGCGAGGGGGAGGAGGGGCUAGCGUCACCGUCUACGCUGGCCGCGCUGCAGGAGAAGGAGAGGCGGGACGCCGAAGCGAGGGAGGAGCUUGACGGCAAGAAGCGCCGCAUCAGGAACGAGGCGCUGUCGUCAGUGGCGGAGGAGAUGGAGGUGGCCUCCGCUGGCCUCAAGAGGGAGCUGGAGCAGAGCAUGCUCAAGGACCUGAAGGACCUUGAUGAGGACAGCCUUCGGUUUCGCGUAGCCCAGCUUGCGACCGAGCUCCAGGAGAGGACGAAGUGGGAGGCCCUCCGGCUUAUGGACGGCGUCCAGAAGAAGGAGGCAGAGAUCUCGGAUAAGUACGAAGCCCUCUUGUCCGAGCAGAAAGAGAGGUACGACGGGGCGACCGGGAGGGCUCUCAGAGAACAGGAGAAGGAGCUCUCGGCAGAAUUCGUGGAGAAGUACGGGGCCGAGCUGAGGGUCCACCUAGAGCACCAGGCGAAUGAGUUUACAGAAGCGCUGCACGCCAACGCUGUCGCCGGCAGGGAGGCCCUGGAGCAGGAGCUCGAGAGGAGGCACGCCGACGUGGUGGCAGAGCUGAAGGCGCAGGAUCUCGACAGGUCAGAGAAGGUGGUGGCGGAGCUGAGGGAGCUUAGCAACAAGGCCGAGAGCAAGAUUAUGGAGGUGGAGGCUGCCCGCAACGCCGAGGAGGCGGAGAGACUCGCCAGCGAGAAGGUACAUCGCGUCACGCACGCCACCCUCUCCCUCGCGGAGCGGUUCACGAGCUCGGCGCCGAUCAAGAAGGAGUUGGAUAACCUGCGGCGGCUGGCGGGCGGGGACCCUCUGCUGGAGGCCGCGGCGGAGUCCAUCCCCGCGGACGCGGCGGCGAAGGGGAUCCCGACGGUGUCGCAGCUCAAGCAAAGGUUCGGCAUCGUGAAGGCGGAGUGCCGCCGCGCCGCCCUGGUACCGGAGCAGGCCGGAAACGGGAUGAUGGGACACCUGGUCGCCUCGGCUCUUGCCAAGAUCACGUUCGCCCCUAAGGGCAUGGUGGAGGGGGACGAGGCGGAAGGAGUGCUGGCCAGGGCCGACUACCUGCUCGAGGCUGGAGAGCUGCAGUCGGCCGUCGGCGAGCUGGACAAGCUGCACGGGCUGCCUGCGGACGUGGCGAUGGACUGGCUCAAGGACGCCAAGACGCGCCUCACCGCUGAUGAGGCCCUCAGGGUUAUCCGUUGCCACGCCUCCAUCCUGAACGCCGAACACCUCGAGGCUUUGGAUGGAAAGGCGUGAAAGUGUUUGGAUUGCGUGCAACUGAUCGCCUGCUUUCGGGAGGCUUCUUGCCCAGCCGGGAGAUGGAAGGGGGGAUACAUGGAGUGUUUUUCAGUUUCAGAUGAUGCGAGGGGCUGGGACCUUUUUGCGAAGCCGUUGAACGGGUAUGCAACUGACUGUGGGGUGCUCCAGGCAGCUCGCUUUGUGUUGGGAUAUGCAUAAAAGUAGAAAAGUGUCAUGUGUCUGACGACGGACACACGAAUAUCAAACGUGCCACCG